AUUCCCCGCCCGGCGAACGCCUUCCUACUCUUCCGCUCGUUCCUGCUCAAGUACAAGCUAAACGCGGAGCAGCUGCAUAACAAGCAGCAGACGACGAGCGUCAUCGCCGCCGACAUAUGGCGGAGCCUUCCCGCGUACGUACGGGACGAAUGGGGCCUGAGGGCGAAAGAUGCGGCCGACCUGCACCAGGCGCUCUUCCCUGGUUACAAGUUCGAGCCCUCGCGGAAGGCG